AGCGAGUCCAGUGGUAUACACGUGCUGGCUCCAUUUUCGCGUUUAGUUAGUAGAAGUAGUGGAUUAGAAACAUGAAAAUGGAUGUUCAGAGCCAGCAAAACUCUGUAGUGGCCAUGGCUAAUUGUGGUGAUGAUAAUCCAGGGAAGAUGUUUAUAGGAGGCCUAAGUUGGCAGACAACGCCAGACAGCCUAAAAGAAUAUUUCAAGAGAUUUGGAGAUGUUAAAGAAUGUAUGGUGAUGAAAGACCCAGUUACAAAGAGAUCCAGGGGCUUUGGCUUUGUAACCUUCAAUGACCCGUCUUGUGUAGAUAACGUUAUAACUAGUGGAUGUAACACACCUCAUAUUUUAGAUUCGAAGAAGAUUGAUCCGAAGUUAGCAGUUCCCAAGAAAAACACACAAAAGAUGGUUACAAGAACAAAGAAAAUCUUUAUAGGAGGUGUGGCUAACACUACACAAGAAGAGGAUAUUAGGCGCUGUUUUGAAAAAAUUGGAAAGAUUGAAGAAUGUGUAUUAAUGUACGACAAAAAUACACAGAGAAACAGAGGUUUUGGCUUUGUGACAUUUCAAGAUGAAGACAGUGCGGACAAGGCCUGUGAAGUCCACUUCCACGAGAUCAAUAGUAGAAUGGUGAGAAAACGUUCAUCAAGUGUCUCAAUAACUAAUAUGGUUGAGGCAAAGAAGGCACAACCCAAGGAGGUGAUGAAUGCACAAAAUGCUGUGCGAGAUGUGGCAGGGUUCGUGCCAGGGAUCUUUCCAGGAUUCCCUGCGGCGGCAGCAGCAGCGUAUAGCGCAUAUGGCCGGCCAUUACAUGGAUACCCCGCAAUUCACUAUUUCCCAGGCUUCCCUGGGUAUGCGAGUCCCUACAUCCAACAAGCGACGACCACCCCUGGUGCAGAGCAAUGCAGACAGCCCUCAGCCGCCUACUACCCAGCCGAUUACUUAUCCCAGGCUGCGGGCGCUCACUGCAAUGCGGUCACUGCUGCGGGCAUGGCUACUGCAGUUGCGAGAAGUGAGCCAUCACCCAUGCCAACAAUGCAAACGUCACAACGCACUGCAGCAGGUAUUGAUCAAGCACAACAACAACAACAAAUGUUACUCAGACAAUCAGCUAUGGAAGAUUCGCUCCGGCAGCCCUGUGCUUACAUGUUGAUCAACAACUUCCCGCAGGGGUAUGGCCCCCCGACCUCCCCCGCUAACAGCCGAGGCUUCCCCCCAGCCAACAGCCCAGGGUCCAUAGAUAUGUACAGCUCCAACUCGGAGAGCAUGAACUUUGUGCAGGCUACCAGCCCCCAGCCAACACAGUUCACACAUAACCUUACAGGCACCUUGAUACCACAGACUUUCCAAAAUGGCUUCCACUGAACUGGACACCCCAGAAUGAGGCUGGAUUUGGAGGUUCAGGCCAAGGCGGAUACCUGCGGAAUUUCUGAAUAAUCUCUCCCAUACUACCGUUACGGUGAAGGGCUUACACAUGACAUUAUCUGAGAUGCAGGGACUUAACCGUCUGUGACAAUUUUUAUAUAAUUGUGAAGGGUCAUGAUCAACUCAGUAUUUAACUAUGUAAUAAUAAUGACUGUCAUCUCUGUCGAAUUUCAAUGUUAUAUAAAUGGUUAUGUUUUUAUCUCUAUGAAAAAUUGAUUUUUAAUUUUAUUGAAAAAACUGACUUGUUUGUCCUACUUACGGUGUUGUGUAGAAAGUGUAUUCUGUCUACUAUAGAAUCGACCACAGUAAAAAUGCAUGAUUUCAAACACAAUCAGUAUAUAUAAUGAAUAUAAAUAAAUAUAUAAAUAUUAUACAUAACUAUGAAUAUAUUUCUUCUAGCGGUUAGGGUUUAGCUCUUUUAUUUUAUUUCUCGCCUUGUUUAUUUUUGAGUUUUCUCCUUUUAAUGAAUAAUCUCACCUCUGGUUGCUCUAUUUUUAUAUAUCAGACGCUUUCGUGUUGAUUUUCUCCGGCUGUACUCGCCAGCAGAGUAUGGUCUCUUUGUAGUUUAAAGCUGUAUCUCAACUUAGUAGCAUAGCAUGAGUAAUUUAAAACAUAGUACAGAUCUCCCUAAUAGUUUGAGUUUUAGAGACUUUGGUAAAUUAACUAGAUCUAGACACCUGUACACUACUUAUGUUAUUUGUACAGCUUGUUCAGUCUAGUAAGGGUGACAGAGACUUACCAUGAAUUGUAUUUCCCAUUGCAUGAAACCAAACUGCUACAUCAUGUCUACAGUCACUGUACAGGUGUUUCUGUCUAGUUGGCGUCUUAACUUUAUAUAAUAAUCGACUGUAGCAAGUGUCUCCUGGCGAGACAUACCGUGUUACAUCACAAAGCAAUACAUGUACAAAGUUUUUAAUUAUACACCUAAUGUGCAAAGGUAUAUUUUAUUGUGGAGCAGACGGAGGCCUGUGUUUUGCAUUAUGUACACUAUAUUACAUUCUUAAGGGUACAGUUUUUGUUAGACAAGCCAGGACAGCGUCAGCUCAAGCUGAUAUCUAUAAAUAGAGUAAGCCAGACUAAAGUGGGUCUUGUACACAAAGACAUCAGAAGUGCAUGGAUUCUGUCACUUUCUGUUGGAAGUAUUUUACAUUUUUUCAUUAAAAUCACAACGAAAACCAUUUUAUUGACUAUUGUAUUCUACAUAAUUGACAUUGUAUAAAACCUGCCAAGUUUAACAAUUUUUAAUGUUGGCAAAACCAAUGAUGUGUUGUUGAUCAUGUUGACUAUAUUCCCAAUAUUAUACACCAUGAAAUCUGUAUAUGGAUCUGGUAAUCUCCAAAUGUGAGUUUAUGUAACUGUAUCCAACUAUAAAAUGUAUGUGUAGCUGUAGUUGUCUUUGUGUAUAAAGUCCCGCUUCCAUCUUCACAUAAUGUAGUGCAGGUGCAUGCUGUAUAAAGUUAUUCCGGGAGUAGGGGUAGGAAUUUCGGGCACACAACAUUUUAGACUAGACUACACCUCUGUUUCUUCGAGUUACUUGGGGUCACACAGCAGGUCAUUAUUUCAUAUUAAUUUAUAUUUUUUAUUUCUGUUGUUCAUAUCUUUCAACAAAAUUGCAUUUUGGAUGAUUUGGUCCAAAUAUAUAUAAAAUUCACCAAGAAUUUCUCAGCCCUGUUCCAAGCAGGCGCUGUAUUGUUUGGUUGCUCCUGUGUUUUUUCUGUUGGUUAUAUUGGCCAUGUACAUGCUUGACAGUUGCAAACUAUUAAUAUUAUAUUUGUGUACAGACCAAUUUACUUAUAGACUUGGGUUUGUUUUCAAAAUGAUAACGGCUUGUAGAAUCCUAUCAGUUUAGCCAAAUCUUCUAGUAAUAAAAAAAGGUAACUGUUGUAGUGUAACUUGUUGGUUAACAGUCUCUAUCUUGUCUCUUUCUUGCUCCUUGUAAAUUCACUGCUUCUGGUAAUUUAAUUCAAUAAUAACAAGAGGUCGUACUCCUGCGAUAACUACCUGAGCCAAAUGCUACUGUUUUCAGUAAAGUUAGAAAGGUAACAAAUCAAUCUAUUAUUAAACUUCACCAGUUUGGAUCACACUUGACCUUUUAUCAAUGGAUUUUUACAUUUUGGUCGUUAACCUUUACAUUUUUAGGUGCCAUAUUAGAUUGAGAAUGCACUAAAGCCAAAAUCUUCUGGUGGUUAUCAGAGGGGUAUGACGAUGAAGGCCAUUAGCCAAAAGGGUUUUAUAAACCCCGGCAAGUCCAACAAGCACUUGUAGACUGGCAUCUCAUUAGAUAUGCGGAAUAAUGAAAUCCAUGUUAACGUAUUCUAAGGGUGUCCCAGUCGCAACACCUAUCACACCUGAAGCCUUAAGAUGAACUGGACUUGUGUACAGUGAAUUCAUUGAGAUGGGUGGUCUUAUCUAGGCUGGGAGGGGGUGAUAGGAGGCAAAUUGUGACUGAUUUUGGGACAAUUUUAUUGAUAUUUGUUGAUAUCACACAGAAAAUUGCUAAAUGAAUAAUGAAAUAUAAAUUGCGUAGAUUAGAUAUUGUAUGUAUAAUGUAUUAUGUGUAGCAAGGUCCCAAAUUCAAAACCACUAUGUACAUUUCAAAAAAAGGUUAACAAUUGAGUAAAUGCCAUUGUUGGUUGAUUGUAAAUUAUGGCACGGGAUGUUGCAGGUGGCUCCUAGAGGGCACUGAACAUCUGCAUGUACAUGUUUUGUUAUCCUAGUUCUGUAGAUAAUUAGGGUUAGAAAGAUGGAUCACUCCUCAUAGCACACCAUCGACAUGUGACAACGUCGUGGUAUGCCGCCACAAUGCAAAGGCCCAACAUUGUAUGCGACGUUAGACAUCUAGACAACAUUAAGGGUAGUACGCAUCACGUUGUGUCACACGCGCAUGUGCUUUUACGUACUAAUGUGUAGAGUGACUUCGAUGAUACUAAUCAUUAGUUAAUUAUGAGCAAAGCAGGGUUCUGUAAGAAACCAUCCAUUUUGUCAAGAGAUUAUCCUACAUUCUAUUGUUGGGCCAGUGUGUCUUUUGAUUGUAUGCCAAAGCAAUACUGUACAUUCAAUACACAAAUUUUUAUGCACUUUUGGAUAAUUUUCUGAUAAACAGACUAGAAAUGAAAUUAAUUUGUAAUGUAUAAAGGUAGCUAUACUGGACGAUGACAUUUGUGGUCUGUGCCAAAUUUGUUCUGCUAAGGCAUUGGUGUGGUAGUAGUGGUCUUGGGGCAUCACAGUGUGAAAGCGGACCACCAGUUGGCCGCCUAUUUUUCCCUUGUUUUUAUCAAAUAAGGUGUUUUUCACACUGUGGGGGUCAAUGCAGUCUAGUGUCAUGUGCAACAACUGAAAAACAAAUAAAAAUUGUUUUCAAAGUUA